AUGGCAAUGUCUAGCGGCCAACAACAACAACAGCAAGGAUCUAGUAGCAACUCGAAUGUCAAGAUCGAGCCCGUCUACACUCGGCAUUUUGCCGCAGCUACUACUUCUAAUACUGCUUUCGCAACUUCUUCAAAACCAGAGUUGAAAGAAAGCACCCGCACUCCGUCGUUUAGCUCCCCCAAUUACCAAACAUCAAGUGGCAAUGUUGUGAUAUCUUCGGCACACGCAUUACCUACUCCACCUUCGAAACCCACCAGCAAGAAACCCACUACAAAGGAUCCAUCACAUCCAAACGAGUCGGCAAACCCAAACCCAAAACCAUCAUCAUCCUCAUCUACUUCGUCUGCUUCGGCAUCCUCCUUGUCAAGUCCCAUUUGCCGUAAUUGUCAAACCCAAACUACUCCAUUAUGGAGAAGAGAUGAAACGGGCCAAGUCUUGUGCAAUGCGUGUGGAUUGUUUCUCAAAUUGCACGGCAGAGCCAGACCAAUCAGCUUGAAAACUGAUACUAUAAAAUCAAGGAAUAGAGUCAAACAAGGUGGUGGUGGUAGCAGUAGUAGCAGUGGUGGUUCUUCAAAUGCCGGUGGUAGUGGUGGCCAUAACAGUGGCGCUUCAAAUAAAUCUUCAGGAACAAGCACGCCAGAGUUGAAAUCAAAAGAUUUGAAAAACUCAAAUGCCAAUGGUAAUGGCAAUAAAAAAUCACCAAAAGUUAAAAAAUUCAAAAACUCAACUACUUCGUCCAAUGAUUUGACCCCGUUAUUGCCUGCUACCGUGGCCAACACCCCUUCGACACUCAAGACAACAACAACUGAGUCCACCCCCAUCAACCACCAACACAUUAUCCACCCACAGUUACCCAACCAUGUACUACAAGCUCACCAAGUCCCCUUGCACUACCCGUCCUCGACGCCAACUCAAUUUGCUCCCGGGUUGAGAAGAAUCACUUCUCCGCUAUUGUUGUCGUCAAACUCGGCCUCAGCAGUUAGAAACGAGCCCAUUUCUGACAAUAUGACUUCUUUACAAGCAGCCGCUGGCGUGUUGGAAAACUUGUCUAACGAAUUGGGCCCUAGUGCCUCGUUUAAAAAUGGCGUCUCCAAAACAACCGGCAUCUCGUUAAUGAGCAAGACCGAAUCUUCAUCGGGCUUAAGUUCAAGCUCGUCAUCGUCAAUCUUUUCCAGCAUCACCCCAUCAACCUUGCCUCGAUUAUCUGCCUUGAACAAGAAAUCGCCGGCAUUUUCAGAAGUCCAUUCGAGAUGCUCCACCCCGACUUUGCCCCCACUCCAUGAAAUGGCUAAAGGCGAACAGAGCUUGAGUGGGUACGCCAACCAAUCUCAAAAGCCAUCGUUUGAACAACUGUCUCGAAGUUCAAAUGAUGCCACAAGUGGAGAAAACGGAAGCAGCAUCAACAACAACAACAACAACAAGAAUGUCAAUUUUCAAAACCCAGGCAGUGGAGAACACAGUGAUAACAACAACAGUAACAACAACAACAACAACAACAACAGCAAUAAUAAUAACAACAACACACAAUAUGGGUUCUAUUCUUCGCACGAAAUCACCAUUUUAAAGACGCGAAUCUCCGAACUAGAACUAGUCAAUGAUCUUUACAGGACAAGGAUCAUGGAGUUGGAGGCCAUGGAGCAAGCUGCCCGGUUAAGGGAAAACUCAAUGAAAAAGAGAUUAGAAGAAGUAAUGAACCUCCAAGCCAGCACCUUGCUUCAGCAUCAGCAGAAUGGGCGUUCAAAUUACCACGAAAAUGAAGGUCCACGUCUUUCACCUAGUUUCACUCCCAGCCAUAGCGGGAAUGACUCGUCCUCCUUUGCUGUACCCAAGGCACCUGCAUCUCACCACCAGCACCAACACCAACACCAACAACAAAACGAAAUUGUUGUGUUGCCACCAUUAAAGAGAGAUCAUGACAAUACUUAUCCUGGCAAUGACAAGAAACCCAAAUAUAACUAA